ACGGAACAAUAAAGUUUUUAAUCAUCAUGUGACGUCAGGGGGCGGAGACCGGAAGACACGUGGUGCGGCUGAUGGAUACAAAGUAACAAGUGUGUGAGAUCCUCAGGCCGCCCCCGAUGGGUCCAGGAUGCGUUGCCCGCUCUGCCACCUGCUGAUCGCCUUGACUCUGCUCUGCAACGUUCUGCUGCUCUAUUACACGUGGCACCUGAACUCCCGUCCGGCGGGACGUCUCAGCCCCUCCCCCGCGCUGUCCCCGGGGAUCACGGUCAUUGUGCGGGAGUUCCGGACCUUUGAGCACGGCCUGGCGGACCUCAAUCACUCCUUCCUGCGCGCUCGCCCGUCUCUCCAGAUCCUCAUCGCCUCGGAGGCUCCGCCUUACCCGCCGGUGCCAAGACUCCAUGUUGUGCGCCUUCACCCCUCCCCCGAGCAGCCUGGCUCCGCUGUCCGCCUGGAGUCCCACAUCCACACCCGCCUGGUGGCCCUGGUCCCGGACGGAACAUCUCUGGACCCCUCGGACCUGCUGGACAGAAUGGCCCGCGCUCUGCGGGACGCUCCCUCCGGAGUGCGGAUCGUAGCGGCCGGCGCCGGGGGCCCGCUGCGCUGCCUACACCUGAACGUGUCCCUGCGGGCGUGGACGGCGGAGUACAGGGCGGCCGUUGCGGGGGAGACCUGCGGGGCCGUGGGCGGGCCCGCCGUCCUUCUGAUGAGAUCCCGCGAUUUGUUCGACUUGCCGUUUCCUCUCUCCCGCCCCCUCCGGUCGGCCAUUUUCAUCCAGUCCGCUCUGCGGGGGUGGGGGGUGAAGAUACUGGAAGGCGCCAAGUUUCCCCGCACCCCUCUUCCGGCCACGGACCACGGGCGAUGGAAGGACGAGCAGGCGGAGCGCGCGGAGGAGGCCGCCACCAUGAGAGCCCUGAGCGUACGAUUGGUCCGCGGCCCCGAGGGCGAUCGGUGGUACGGAUGCUCCAAGGACACGCCCCGCUGCUUCGGGACGGUGGUCGGGGAGACCCCGGAGUACCUGUAUGAGGGGCGCUGGACUCCGCCCUGCUGCCUCCGCGCUCUGAGGGCCACCAUGGCUCACGUCAUCAAGACUUUGGAGGCCAGCAACGUUCGCUAUUGGCUGGAGGGGGGGAGCCUGCUGGGGGCGGCCCGCCUCCAGGACAUCAUCCCGUGGGACUAUGACGUGGACCUCGGCAUCUACCUGGAGGACGUGGGGCUCUGCCCGGAGCUGCGGGGGGCCCAAGGCGGCUCGCUCAUAGACUCGGAGGGCUUCGUGUGGGAGCGGGCCGUGGAGGGAGACUUCUUCAGGGUCCAGUACAGCCAAAGCAAUCACCUGCAUGUGGACCUGUGGCCCUUCUACCCCCGGGAUGGGGUGAUGACCCGAGACUCCUGGACGGGGCACCCCCAGGACAUCGAGUUCCCCGAGACUUUCCUGCGGCCCCUCCAGACUCUGCCCUUCGCCGGGGUCGCCGCUCAGGCGCCAAAUAAUCACCUGGAGCUCCUCAAGUUAAAGUUUGGAGAAAGAUCGAUCGAGGAGCCGGAGUACCCCAACCCGGCCGUCCUGAGGAUGGGGUGAGGGGCCCCCGGCCGUCCUGAGGAUGAGGUGAGGGGCCCCCAAGAGGAUGAGGUGAGGGGCCCCCAAGAGGAUGAAGUGAGGGGCCCCCAACCCGGCCGUCCUGAGGAUGAGGUGAGGGGCCCCCAACCCGGCCGUCCUGAGGAUGAGGUGAGGGGCCCCCAAGAGGAUGAGGUGAGGGGCCCCCAACCCGGCCGUCCUGAGGAUGAGGUGAGGGGCCCCCAAGAGGAUGAAGUGAGGGGCCCCCAACCCGGCCGUCCUGAGGAUGAGGUGAGGGGCCCCCAGCUGUCCUGAGGAUGAGGUGAAGGGGGGGCCCCGACCCAGAGGAGGACGUUAUAGAGGGUCCCACACAGGGGGGCAGAGAAAGGGGCCGCACACAUCCUUCUGUUCUACCAGAAAUCAGCAGCCAAUAAGAUUUAACCUUUCACCCCGAGUUCCCCCCACCGAUGUCCGAUUGGCUGUAAUAAUCUGAGGGGGAGGGUCUGCUGCUAUAGAACAUCUUUAUGUGUAUAGAGGAGAGACGAUGUAUAAAAUGUGAGCCUUUCCACCGCACACCACCGGGGGGCAGCACUGCGGACCACACAUUUUAUGGAGGACCGAAUCACAUGUCUGUGGGGAGACUCCUUUACCCAUUACCCCCCACAGCCCCCCUUCACAUCACCUGCCCCCCCUCCCUCACAUCACCUGCACCCCCACAG